CAUAAAUAAAAUAACUCCGACAAACAUGUUAAUGCUCCAAAAUGGUCCAAAUGUCCACCUACUCUCAUUUUGCAAGGUUGUUUCUAAUAUUUUAAUUAAGUUGCCUAAGUAAUCACUUGACAUUUUCUUAACCAGCCAUUUUGGCUAAUCUAGGGAGAGAAAGAGAUCAGAGAGUAGCCCAUAAAAAGCAAUCAACGUUGGGAAAUUGCAGGUUCUGACAAAAAGGAGCCAAACUCAUUUAAAAGGUAAAUCCCAUCGUUUGUAGUCUUAGCUUUUUUGACACUGUCCCAUCUCGGAAAAAGGUGUCUGUCUCUCUACGAGGGAGGGAAAAAGAGAUAAAAAAAAGGGAAUGGAUGUAAGGAAAAUAGUUGUGGUAGUAGAAGAUGUAGAUGUAGCAAGAACAGCACUCCAAUGGACUCUCCAUAAUUUACUUCGCUAUGGGGACUUGCUAACUCUCCUUCAUGUCUUCUCUCCCACUAAAUCCAGAGGCAAGAAGAAAGCAAGGCUGCUUCGCUUGCAAGGCUAUCAGCUUGCUCUUUCCUUCAAGGAAAUAUGUAACUCCAAUUUCUUCAACAGAAUUUUGUUACAGACAAAUAUUGAGAUGAUUGUCACAGAAGGGGACCAGGAAGGCAGGAAGAUUGUGGCCAUGGUGCGAGAGAUUGGAGCCUCCGUUCUUGUUGUUGGUCUUCAUGAUCAGAGCUUUCUCUACAAGUUGGCCAUCGCCCAGGACAACAUAACAAACAGCUUGAACUGCAGAGUACUUGCCAUUAAGCAACCUAAAUUGCCACAACUGAGGGCCAAGACCAGAGAAAUGGUACCAGCACUAGACAGUUCAACUAACAUGGACUUUUCCCAAAUUGAGAUUUCCGGAUUACAGGUCCCUGAUAUUCCUACACCAAAAAUUCCAUAUCGAAUCUGUCCAAGCCCUUCCGCAAUUAUUUGGAGGUCAAGAAGGUCGAGGAAGAAGAGGAGCUAUUCAAAUGGAGCUUGAAUUUAAAAUUAGAUCAUUAUCAUAUCUAAAUGCACACAGUUUUUGGGCAAAUUUUCACUACAUUUUUUAAGGCCAGGGUUUGUUCUUUAGCAUUCUAGCUUAUCUUACACAAUACACAAAAGUAUAGAAAUGAAGUGGAAAUUGACAUCAUACAACAGUCUUUUGCUUACUUUGAUCAGUGAAAGAGUGAUUUAAUCAUGUCAUUAUCAUUGUUCUGUACCCAACAAUUAUAUUAUUGCAUUAUUUCCAUGGCCCUAAACAAACUGAAGAGCGAAGUAAAAAAGGUUUGGUAGAAAGAACGUAAAAAGAAUGAAGAAGAUUAUCCUAUAUUGAAAAAAUUUAAGAAAAUGACGUGCAAGCAAUCAAAAAUUUAUAUAUUUAGGUAAGUCACGCAAUCAAGACUUAAGGGCUUUUCAGGUUCAAAAAACACCACCUUGAUUCUCUAAUAAAGAGUAAGACUUGUCUUACUGGUUUAUUCACAUUCUUAAAUUAACCUUUCUUCAGCUUUAAAAUCUCAGCAAGAAAUAGCAACAUUUCGUUUGGUUGACACGCAAGUUUUGUUCAUCCCUUUCAUAUUUCUACAUCUGUUUAUAUACCUGCAUUUAGGAAAGAAAACAAAAUUAAAAACAGCAAUAAAACUAAACAAGAAGGCAGGCACAAGUUGCCUAUCACUUUCCAACUUCAAGCUAGAAUUAGGGGCAGGCACUUGAGAGUUGAGAUAACCAAAGAGGAAACCGUCGACAGGCCCAAUAUUUGACGGUAAUUAAGGCUUUCGGUGCUUUGGUUAACAAAUGUUAUGCUAGAACCAAAAAGAUGUUAGAUAAUAUUCAAUUUUACAUUGAAUUUAUUUAAUUAUAUUUUGGUUUAUUAAUUAGU